UCUUUUUCGGAAUAAGAAAGAAAAGAAAAAGACAAAUUCAAAAUAAUAGGUUGUCUGCCUUAGUUUGGUGCUUAUUUUAACAGAAUUGAUCUACAUUACCGCUUACAACAUUCUACAUCCUUACAGUCUUUGAGAUUGCAGUGUCUAGUAGUUGCCCUCGGGUUGUCAUCGCUUUCCGCCACUUACACACAUCGUAAUGUGGUUAAAAGUUCUGAAUCUGUCUGUCUUCUGACGUAUCGGUGCCCAUUUACGGUUAUCUUUGUCAAUUUGGGGUGACCAGGUACUUUUUCAUCCUGCGAGGCCAAGAUGGCAGAAAAUCCAGAUUCUCGUCAGCUAUUUGAAGUGUCGAAUAUGUUAGAUUCAGACACCCAUGAUCCCUGUUGGCUCCCACAAGAUAUAUCUGAGAAUGACUCAUUUUGCCCAGUUUCGAGUAUUGCAAUUAAAAAUGAGCCCAUUUAUCACUACAUCAUGGAUGGUGCUGGUGGGACAGGUCAAUAUUUGCCUGUUGUCACAAUUGGUGCUGAUGGCCAGCUAAGAGCCGUCACAGAUCCUUCAAUUUUAACAAACCAAUCCAAUGUCCAGUCUGUUGAUGUUGGAGAAGAAGUAAUAGUUUUUCCAGACAAAACUACUCAGUCUGAAGCUCUCCCAGAAGGAAUUGUAGAAAUAGAUGUGGAUGCUGGGGAUGAAGAAAUCUCCUCAGAGGCCAUAAGCAUUGACCAACAAAACCAACUUCCAAUUGUUACUACUUUUCUUGCACCUAAUAAGAAUGUUACUAUUGGUGGAAUUCAAUACAUUCAAGCAAAGACAAACAAAACUUCUACUAAAAUUCUGCCUGCUUCUUCUACUUCUUCCAAUGUUUCUGGUGCUGGCAAUCCAACCCUUCGAAAAGCCAAGUUCCAAUGCAAGGUUUGUCUCAAGACUUUUUCUCAACAAGUCAAUUUGCAAACUCACUAUCGCAUUCAUACUGGGGAGAGACCUUUCCAAUGUCAAGUUUGCCAAAAAGCUUUCACGCAGCAACCUAAUUUGUGGAAGCAUAUGCGAACACACACUGGUGAACGACCUUUCCAGUGUCGGGUCUGUCAGAAGUGCUUCACACAGCAAGGCAAUCUGUCCAAGCAUGAGAAGAUUCAUACAGGAGAGAAACCUUACAAAUGCCCUCAAUGUGAGAAAACAUUUGCUCAGCGCUCAAAUUUGAUGACACACAUCACACUUCACACAGGUGUUCGGCCUUUCAAGUGUGAAGUAUGUGACAAGUCAUUUGCACAGAGAGCAAACUUACUGACCCACAACAUGACCCACACUGGUGAACGUCCUUACAAGUGUGAAGUUUGUGAAAAGGGCUUUUCUCAACAAGCUAACUUGGUGAAGCAUGUGCGUUUGCACACUGGAGAACGGCCGUACAGUUGCCGGUUUUGCAGCCGAACUUUUGCUCAGCAAGCAAAUCUUGAUCGACAUGAAAGGAUUCACACUGGCAUAAAGCCAUAUGCGUGCAGCCAAUGUUGGCGUGCAUUUGGACAGAAGACAAAUUUGCAAAAGCAUGAGGCCACUCAUCAUCAAGAGAAAGCUUUUCCUUGCUUUUUGUGUCGCAAAGCUUUUGUGGCUAAAAACUCUCUCGAGAAACAUCAGCAAAAAAUGCAUGCUCAUCAGAUGUAUCCAAAUUGUUGUGCUGGAAAACCUCAUUCAAAGGACUGUGGGCCUCCACCAAACAACCCAGUGUCAAUCAAAAAAAUUCCAGGAGAAUUAGACGCUAAUUCUCAAAAGGUUAAAGUGGUUUCAAUGGAAUUGGAGGAUGGUCCAGAUAUGGAUGAGUUGGACGAGCAGCAACAAAUCAAAGUUGUUCGGCUUUUAGAACCUAACGUGCUUCAUCAUCAGGAUGAUUUACCUGAACUAAUUGAAGUGCACAUUCCUCAUAUGGAUGAUCUGCAGUUGAGGCAGGAUCUUGAUGAGGAGGAGGAGGAAGAAGAAGAGGAAGAGGAGGAGGAGGAGCAACAGUACUUGGAUGGUGCUACUGAUGACACAUCAAGUCCUGUAACUGUGUCUAUUUUACAAGAUGAUUAAAUAUUAUCAAUUAGCCUCAGUGAACUUUCAGUGAAUGUGACUUCAUUUUUAAGUGGCCUUAAUUAGCCAAUAUAGUUACCGUAACUAGUUUUUGAUUUUGUGUGUAAUGAAGUGAGUCAUUUGUUGUCUCAUUUGAGGAAACAAGUUGUUAUAAUAGAGGCCUUGUGCUUACCACACAAUAUUACCAUUAUGAACCUUUUACUGUUAAAUAAGCAACAACAUAUAUAUUAACAUAUAUAUAUCUGGGACAUAGUAUGUGUAAUUGUUGGCCAACAUGAGAGAAUCUUUACAAAAUUGGACUGAAAUUUGUUUUAUCAUACAGGAAUUUAAAACUGCACCACUUAUAAUUAUUUCGUGUUUUUUUUUUUUUUUUUUUUUUUUUUUUCAGUUUAUAAGUCACUCAUGUCUAUGCCUUUUCUUUUUAAAUACAUUUUUGACUGGUAUUGUUGCAAUCUUGAAAAAUCCUGUAAUAUUAACCUUCAUUUGUUGCUUCACCAGUCACCUUAAGGGACCAUUUGUCUUUUGACUUUGUUAUGUACAGUAGAUCACUAGACAUGUUAGCAGAAUAAUUAUGGAGAUAUGGUUUCCCCAAUACAAAGUAUAAUAUUGGAAAACAAUUCCUAGUCAAGUGAAAUCAGCAUUUUCUUGUAGGUACAUUCCAUUUUUAUAAUUUUAUGUUGUUUCAUAGUUCUAUGAUGCCUUCAGUCUCUCACUCUUUCUUCGCAUCAUCUCAGAGAGAACUUGCAAAAAAGUUUUGAUUUUCUUAGCUCUGACUUGUCUUCCACAGCCCUGAAUUGCCUGAUUGUUUAUCAUACUGUUUUCUUUUGUUUGAAGUUUAUACUUGAAUGCUGUUUUUCUUACAGAAAAUAUUACAACUGAGGAUUGUAAAAAUAAA